AACCUCGUGGAAGAGGCUGUUUUGAGCAGUGCCACGGUGCAGAAUUACAAUGGGGAAGAAAAGUUCCAGAGAUCCCACAAGAGGAGGGGCUCCAAAUCCAGCCUAGGGUGCUCCGAGGAGGAAAGAUCCACCCUGUGCCAGGAAGGUGGACAGAGCUUCAGUCAGAGCUCAGAACUGGUGGCCCAUGAGCAGCUUCAUGACAAAGAGAGGCCCUAUGAGUGCUUGGACUGUGGGAAGAGCUUCAGGCAGAGAUUCAACCUGAUCUGCCACCAGAGGAUCCACACUGGGGAACGGCCCUAUGAGUGCUUGGAAUGUGGGAUGAGCUUCAGCCACCGGUCCGACCUGGUUGUCCACCAGAGGUUCCACACCCGGGAGAGGCCCUACGAGUGUCCCAGGUGUCAGAAGUGGUUUCACACCAGCACUCACUUCCUUGUACAUGAGCGGAUUCACACUGAGGAGAGGCCCUUCUGCUGCCCCAACUGCAGGAAGGGCUUCGAGCACAACUCCAACCUCGUCACCCACCGGCACAUCCACACUGGGGAGAGGCCCUAUGAGUGUCCCCAGUGUGGGAAGAGCUUCUCAGACCGGUCAUUCUUUAACUGACACCAACAGAGUCACUGGUAAGGGCAGCUCUGUGAGAGCCCUGCCUGCAUGUAGAGCUUCAUGCACUGCUCCAGCUCCAUCCCCAUCAGAGGACCCAUGUUGGUCAGAGCCCUGGUGACCCAUAUUCCCUUUGGUACACAGUGGGAAGUGUCACCCUGGUUUUUUAAGAUUUUCUAAGCCUUCUGAUGUUGACAUUCUUGUAGUGAAUUUUCUCA